UUGGUAAUAUCAAAAAAAUUUUUUAAAAACUUAGAAAAAUGAUUGUUUUCAACUAAUCAUAAAGAUAUCGGAAUUCUAUACUUCAUUUUUGGAUUUUGAUCUGGGAUAAUAGGUUUAUCUCUUAGAAUAAUUAUUCGAUUAAAUUUACGAACAUCAAUAAAAUUAUAUGUCAAUAACGAUCAAUUUUAUAAUUCAAUUGUUACAGCACAUGCUUUUAUUAUAAUUUUUUUUACAGUUAUGCCAAUUAUAAUUGGAGGUUUUGGUAAUUGAUUAGUACCAUUAAUAUUAGGAGCUCCCGAUAUAGCAUUUCCACGAUUAAAUAAUAUAAGAUUUUGACUUCUUCCACCUUCUUUAACCCUCUUAAUUAUGGGUUUAUAUAAAGAAGGAGCAGGAACAGGAUGAACAGUUUAUCCACCUUUAUCAACAUUUUAUCAUGCUGGAAUUUCAGUAGAUUUAACAAUUUUUUCUCUCCAUUUAGCUGGGGUAUCCUCAAUUUUAGGAGCAUUAAAUUUCAUCACUACAAUUUUAAAUUUAAAAAAUAAAAAUCUUUCAAGAGAAAAACUUAGAUUAUUUGUGUGAUCAGUUAUAUUAACAGCAAUUCUUCUGCUUUUAUCUUUACCUGUUCUUGCAGGAGCCAUCACAAUACUUUUAACAGACCGAAAUUUAAACACAUCAUUCUUUGAUCCAAGGGGAGGAGGAGAUCCAGUACUUUACCAACAUCUAUUCUGAUUUUUUGGUCACCCAGAGGUUUACAUUUUAAUUUUACCAGGAUUUGGAUUAAUUUCUCAUAUUAUUACACAAGAAAGAAAUAAAGAAAGAACUUUUGGAUUACUAGGAAUAAUCUAUGCAAUAAUAGCCAUUGGGUUUUUAGGCUUUAUUGUUUGAGCUCAUCAUAUAUUUACAAUUGGUAUAGACGUAGAUACACGAGCUUACUUUACAUCAGCAACAAUAAUCAUUGCAGUUCCAACAGGAAUUAAAAUUUUUAGAUGACUAGCAACAUUUUGUGGAUCUAAGACAGAUAUAAAAAUUUCAACUCUUUGAAGAAUCGGAUUUGUAUUUUUAUUCACGUUAGGAGGAUUAACAGGAGUAAUAUUAUCUAAUUCUUCAAUCGACAUUGUUCUUCAUGAUACUUAUUACGUUGUAGCACAUUUCCAUUAUGUAUUAUCAAUAGGAGCAAUCUUUGCUAUCUUUGCAGGAUUCAUUCAUUGAUAUCCAUUAUUUACAGGUCUAAUACUUAAUAAAAAAUGACUUAAAAUCCAUUUUUAUAUUAUAUUUUUUGGAGUUAACUUAACCUUUUUUCCUCAACACUUCAUAGGUUUAAUAGGUAUACCUCGACGAUAUUCAGACUACCCAUUUUUGUUUGAAAUUUGAAAUAAAAUAUCUAGAUUUGGAUCAGUAGUAAGAUUAACAGCAACAAUUUAUUUCAUUUUUAUUUUAUGGGAAAGAAUAAGAAGAAAACGUAUUCCAAUUAUAAUUAAUAAAAAUAGAUGAUCAGUUGAGUGAAAUAAAUCAACACCAACAAAAGAACAUUGCUUUUUAGAAACACCUAAAUUAUUUUACUAA